AUGGCACAACAGAUACCAUCAACGAUCUCCUCUGAACCCCUUGGAACGACAACGAGGAGAAGAAGACAUUCGUGGUCAAUUCUUGUCGUCACUACUGCCGGUGGUGAUAAUGAUGGUGAUGGAUCAAACUUUAUGAAAUACAAGAGCAGCAUCAUCCAUCAUCGUAAAACGAUUUCAUUUGAUACGACACCUCUCUUAAGAUACCAUCUGGCUCAUCAAUGUUUAGAUCCUGCCAUUGCAAGCAACAACAGCAGCAACAAUCCUUGUUUAACGAAACCCGAAUGCUUCCAGCAGAAUGCCAUGGCCACUCGCUCAUCGAUGUCGCCCUCAUUUGCUAGUUUCCCUCCCAACAACAACAACAUUGGCAAUCAAGCUGUAGACCAUUACUCCAUUGAUAUUACUAGACGAAUACCUCAACGGGCCAUUCGUGUUGAACGAGACUAUACUCGAGGGGACGGUAUCACACAAUUCUCAACGGCUUAUCCACCGCAGCUCGCUGGCAAGAUAACGAUAGAGCAAUUUCAACACACUAUCCAAGGUAUCAACAAGCUUCUUAUGGACGCCGAACGAGUAUCAUGGCUCACCGUAUUCGAUAAUAUCAUGGAGAUCUUGACAAUCUACACUUGGCCAAUCUUUUUUUCAAACCAUUAUCAACGAUGUAUCCGACGUGUAUUACAAUUCAUUGAAUCCGAGAAUGAGAAUCUGUAUCAUCAGCAUGGUUUAUCUAUCUCCAAUCCUGUGCGAUUUGCUUUUCUCUUUCUCGAAUUCAAGGUGUACGAUGAUUAG